GUCGGUUUGUAAAGUGUAACACCUCCAUGUUUUCAAUUCAAAGAUUAAUUGUCAUAACAGUCACAGACGAAUGUAACUCUCCUGGUGAAUUUACCUACCAACUACGUUCAAGUUGAGAUAGCCUAUAAAUUGUUAGUUUCUUGUCCCACCAAAAUCAUCUAAUCAAGCAAUUCACUAUAUAUCCCUAAAUAUUAAACAAAAAUAUAAGGAAACAACAGGUGCAAUGGAAGGUAAGAUUGAAAUUAUCUUUUCCAUGGUUCUAGUCAUUGCCACUAUUCUUAUGAGGCCGGGGAUAGCCGAGAUCCAAACCGUACCUCAAUUUCCUUUAAUUCCUGGUUCUCCCAUCGAUAUCACAAAGUGUUGGUCAUCACUUACCAGCAUUCAAGGUUGUGUAACCGAAAUCUACAAAUCUGUCGUAACGGGUAAGUUUGAAAACGUUGGACCAGCUUGCUGCAAGGCUUUUACGGAUGUAGAUGCAAAAUGUUGGCCAACAAUGUUUCCUCUGAAUCCAUUGUUCCCUCCUCUUAUCAAGGAUGGUUGUUCACGCAUCAGCGGAGCUACACCAUCACACACAACACUCCAGUUCCCUGUGAUUCCUGGUUCUCCGGUCGACCUCACAAAAUGUUUGUCAUCACUCGUCAGCGUUCAAGGUUGCGUAACUGAAAUCCACAAAUCGCUUCUCACAGGGAAGUUUGAUAAUGUUGGAGCUAUGUGUUGCAAGGCGUUUUUGGUUAUAGAUGCCAAAUGUUGGCCACAAAUGUUUCCGCUAAAUCCGUUCUUCCCUCCUCUUCUCAAAGAUGGAUGUUCUCGUAUUGCAGUCGCUCCCACACACAAAUGAAGUUAACUAUAUGGAACCACAAUUCAAGAUGCUUAUUAUAUAGAUUAUACUUAAUUCGAUUAUUCAAGAGUUCCAUUUAUCAUGGCUGC